AUGGAAUGUCAGAAGCAAAAGCUUACCCCAUACCAGUCCUAUCUCGAGAAGCUGUCUGAACAAGUAGAAGAGCUUCGUUACACAUGCCUCCCAAGAGAGGAGAAUCAAUUCGCCGACGCACUGGAAAAGCUGGCAUCAAUGAUCAACAUUCCAAAUGGCAUGGCUAAAAUGCCCCUUACAAUUGAAAUGCGUCAAGAAGCAGCAUAUGUCCAUCAUAUUGACGAUGUCGAGCCUGACAAAGAUGAGCCAUGGUUUACAUACAUCCAAAGGUAUCAACAAAAAUCUGAGUACCCACUGCAUCUUUCAAGCAAAAGUCAAAGGGCUUUACGCCUACAAUCAUCCAACUUCGUCCUAGAUGGCGGCAUUCAAUACAAGAGGUCCUCUAAUGGCCCCAAUCUCUGA